AGGUUCCUCUCAUCCUUCUUUAGAUAAAAGUAACAUUUCCUGGCACUGAUUUUUAGGUUCAUGUGUACAGUGUCACUUUUUUAUUUUUUUCUUCAUUAAUUUUCCAAUUCUUCUUUCUGAACAAAAUAUAUGUGCAUUAAUGAGAUUAAAGCUUCUUAUUAUCUUAUAUUAUUAGGCUUAUGAGUUUAUCUUCCAUUUUAGCCAUUUGUGUUUAAAAUACAGCACUUUUUGAUAUCACAUUAGUUCUGCUCCAAAAAUGAUAGUGUGCUUGUUGAAAAACUCAAAAACAGAAAUAAUGAAGCCAAGUCAAGAAAUUGUCACAUAGUCGAUACUGAAAAAGUCACACAUAUAAGUAUACGAGAAUAAACAAAUGCAAAUGUGUAUUGCUAAUAAAACAAGCAGGACUUCACUGAAAAUCUUUGAUGUAAAAGUUUGAAGACUGCAAUCGUGAAGACAAACUCCAGAAGUAAUGAGAAGACAUAAGGCAUUCUUGCCCUGAAUAUUAUAACAUCACAAGUCCCAAUAAAGAUAACCCUCUUGGAGUAAAAUAUUCAGGCAGCCGCUAUGGUGAUGGCAGAUCCGCAGCUGCACUUGCGAUGGCACUCGCACAGCAGCACAUUCACUGCAAUGCUCUCGGAGUUGCAUGACAGAGCUGCCUUCAGUGACCUGACCAUCAUAUGUGAUGAUGGUCAGGUUAAUGCCCACAAGGCUGUCCUCUCACUCUGCUCACCCUACCUCUCCAAACUGUUAUCAGACAUAACUGCAAGCAGCACCAGUACAACAACAGGGACAAACUCCCUCCACAGCACAACACUAAUCCUGCCAGAGAUUCCUGUACGAGACAUAACGUACCUGGUGUCAUUCAUCUACUGUGGCCAGGUGGACGUGCCACAAACUCACAUCUCAUCCUUCCUCAAUACUGGCAAGCACCUCCAUGUUCUGGGGCUGGAGCAGGGAGACAGGUUGGUGGAGUCCCCGGAGCCGAGUGAAGGUGCAGGGUCCUGGUGCGAUGGUGAUGGAGGCGCGUCUGAAGACGACACUGUUACUUCCUCAUCCCUGCCCCUCUCACGCAGCUCAACCCCACAAUCUGGGGGUCCACAGCCCCCCAACGCCCCUCUUGCUGCUGAUGCCCACAUGCAGCAGAUUCAUGAAGACCAGCAAGCAGCUCUACAGCAGCAGUUUUCUGGCCAUGAUACUCAGUUAUUCACCAAAGAAAGUCUCAAAGUUCCUCAGAAAUCCAUGCAAGACAGUCAGAAGGUUCUCUCGCAGCAGCAGUUGCAGUUGUCACAGCAACAGCUGUUAAGGAAACAGCUACACACGUCACAGGCACAGCUGUUUGCUCAACAAGAAACGUCACAACUGACGUCCAUUGGACAUAAGGAGGCAACGGAACGACGUCUGGGCGACGUUAACGCUAAUGUGACGUCAGUUAAGGGCAGGGACAGCGCAGAUCAGCGCAGCCUCACGGCCGCCACUUGCCUGCGACUGAAGCAAGAAGCUGCUGACGAGGAACAAAGAGAUGCCAUGCUCACCCCGCAAAUAUCCAUCAAAGAGGAGCGCAUGUGUGAACGAGAAGACGAUGAAGAGACCCAACAAGAACAUCAACAAACACAUCUUCUUGACCUGAAACAUUCGCUUUUUUCGUCGGUAACAAAUAACGGCAACAACAGCGAUGCCUCUAACAGCUUCUCAGCGCAGCACAACAGCAGCAGUCCCAACGCUGCAUGUAGCAGCAGUAAUAGCAGCUGUAGCAGCACUACAGACUCUGCAGCUGUGGCAGCUGCUGCACUUGCUAGCAUUGCCGGUAGUGAUAGCGGCUACAGCAAUAACGAUGUAGCCCCAGCAUCACUGGGUAGCAUCAUUGGUCGUGAUGGUAGAAUAGACUUGAACUUUUAUCUUCAGCAAGCCAUUCAGUACGCGUCGAUGCCGUGUCCUCUCUGUAAGAAGGAGUUCAAGAGCCAGUCGGGGCUGCGUGACCACAUCCGCCUGCAUACCGGCGAGCGUCCCUUCAUCUGCGAUUUUUGCCACAUGAACUUCGCUCGCGCGUCGCACCUGAAACGCCACCGCCGCAUGCACACGGGCGAGAAGCCAUUCGACUGCCGCGUCUGUGGCAAGGACUUCUCGAGGGGCGACAAGCUCAAGGACCACUUGAAGCGUCACGAGGCCGACGAGAAACUCAACAAGAUCCGCAAGCAGCUCCUCAAUCCUGAGGACUGUGCCAGUUCCGGAGAGGUGGGGCUGCAGGAGGGAGAUCAGACCAAGCAGAGUCCAGGCGGGGAACUUCCAACCAAUGAGGAUUACUCGAAGCAGUUUAUCUCUAACGGGGAUUUGGCCUGUGCCAAUAUGGCAGCUUCGACGGCUGGGAUGGUCUUGAAGUUGGCUUCUACCGCCGUCGCCGCGGGAUCAGGAGCCGUGGAUGACUCCCUGAACCAGUUGGGGGAACGUGUUGCCAACUUGACAGCUCGUGCCAACCCCCAGGCGGUCACUCCUGACAGCGUUAUGAGCGCUAAGACAUCUGUGAGCGCCGCAGCUGUUGUUCAGCAACGACACCUGCAGCAACAGCAGCAGCAGCAGCGUCUGCUGCAGCAACAACAGCAGACGUAUCUACAUCAGCAGAUCUCCCGUCGUCCUGCGAGUUCCGUCAACCUCUCCUUGCAGCCGAGCAAGAAAAGAAAGAUUGCUUCAACAUCUUCUUCUGCCUUAUCGUCGUUGCCUUUGAUGACAUCAUCGUCAUCCUCUCCAUUGUUCACCUCUUCUUCGUUCAGUGAUCUCGUGAACGUCGCGAGUGCCAUCAGCAACGGCACUAACAGCAGCAGUGCUGCAUUACUUAGUCUCAUGACCAGCAACGCUAACAGCACUAAUGUCUUUUCGAGUAGCACCAGCCUCAGCAACAUGGACAGCACAAACAGUGAUGCUGCGUCCACCAGCAGCAGCGUCAUACCUCAGAUGCUUGCUAUGGCUAACAUCGGAGAGUGCGUUCUCAAGCCCAUCAACUGAACAUUUGAAUACGCUUGUAUGCUUCUCGCAGGUACCUGAUAUCCGUGCCUGUUUUACCUCAAUAGUGGCUCGUUAUCGAUCGCCGCCGUUUUGAUGUCUAGAACGUUUUUCUUACCAUCUAUUUCAAAUGAAUUCUACAUGCUGUAACCUAAGUAUAGGCUAGGGAUAUCGAUUUUGGGGACAUAUCCUUGCCUAUUAACAUUUCUCUCUUGGGAAAUGUUACUUGAGCCACGUCUCCAGCUUACGAAAUCUUGCUAUUGUUAAGCUCUUAGACGAGAUCGGUUUAAACAAAUCUUUCAGCACAAUGUGAAGUGAUAAUUUAUGAGCAGCAUUUUUCAUGAAUAUUUAUCGGAUUUUCAACGAUGGUUGUUGUAGAAAGAACUAAUGCCAAGCCUGCUCUAUAAUUCAUUCGCGAGCUUGGCUUGUUCUGAUCACCAUCUUAGUUUUGUCGUGCCUGUCAACUGAUUUAACUCCGGUACUCAUUCGUUACCGAAAACAACGUUUGGCUGUCUUUAUAUAUUCAUAUAUUUUGUUAUCGCACAAUGGCAACACUUGAUGCUAAACAAUCGCUCGAGUACCAGCUUUUAUCAAGGAGAUAUCCUUGGCGAUGAAGGUUUUUUUGCGAGCUUUGCAUUUGAAUU